AGGGGUGAAGCACGGGUGGAGGGCAGGACCAUACCUCUAAUGCGACUUCUUGGAGGUUUCCUGGAGGAGGAGUUUGUGGGCUGGGAGUGUCUGCCAUCUCCAGCAUGCUGUGGCAGGAGGGGAGAAAGUGAAAGUGGCCGAUAGGCAUUUGCUGCUUGAUGGUGUGUGCUGAACCCAGAGGUGAAGCAGGACGUGGGCACCCUGAGGGGAAGUCUGGGAGGUCCACUCAGUGAGUAUGUGGUAUGGGGAAGGAGCAUGCUACGUGAAGGCUCCUGCCCUCCCUCGGCUCAUUUUCAUUGAAGAAAUCUCUCUGUGGAAGCUGUUGGAAGCAGGGCUCACCUGUCCUUCCCUCAUCACAGAGAGACAGGGAGGUGUGAGAAAGCCCGAGGGAAGAGGGAAAGAAUGAUGCAUAUUCAGCAGGUUAGCAAGAAUGAUUGCGAGGCUGCAAAGCUUCCUAAACUGCUGUAUUAGCAGGGUGGAACAAAUUGGUGGCAGAGUCCCAGAAUAUAAUCCCUUAUCAGUCGGCUGUUCUGACAACUGUUCUGGGCCUUUCGUUAAUGUGGCUGAUAAUAUUUGACUCUCUGGGGCAUUCUGAGAUUUAAUUAGUUCUGGGGCAAUUUAGAAUAGGUACUUUAGAAUACUAGUGCCAUGCUAACUAUAUAAGAACGCGCAUAAACUAGUGUCUACAAACUGUGAUGCCCUGGUCUGGAAAACAUGUGACAUGCAGAGCACUCUGUGACUUGCUGUGGGAAUUCAAGGAUGGAAAGUGUGGGUGCAAAUCCUUCCCUCUGUGUGUGGAGAGUUGGGAACAAGGAGCACAGUGGCAGCGGUGUUGUGGCGAGCAAAGAGCUGGAAGACAUCUGUGCAAAAGGAACACAGGUAACGAGUCAGACCUUGAGCUAGAAAAGAAGUACAAAGAAGAUGAUCGAGAGAAGGCUGCAAAAAGACCACGGGCUCAGAAAACAGAGAAAGUCCAGAAGAUCUCAGGAAAGGAGGCAGGGCAGCUUUCUGGAGCCAAGAAACCCAUCAUCAGCGUGGUCUUAACUGCUCAUGAAGCCAUUCCAGGUGCUACCAAGAUUAUUCCAGUGGAGGCUGGCCCCCCUGAAACAGGAGCAGCCCCUCCCGAGACCACUGCAGCAGACCUGGUGCCACGGAGAGGGUACCAAGAAUAUGCCAUUCAGCAGACCCCGUAUGAGCAGCCCAUGAAGUCAAGCAGGUUAGGUCCCACCCAGCUGAAGAUCUUCACAUGUGAGUACUGCAACAAGGUCUUUAAGUUCAAGCACUCACUGCAGGCCCACCUGAGGAUCCACACGAACGAGAAGCCAUACAAGUGCUCCCAGUGCAGCUACGCCAGCGCCAUCAAGGCCAACCUCAACGUGCACCUGCGAAAGCACACGGGCGAGAAGUUCGCCUGCGACUACUGCUCCUUCACCUGCCUCAGCAAGGGCCACCUCAAGGUGCACAUUGAGCGGGUGCACAAGAAGAUCAAACAGCACUGCCGCUUCUGCAAGAAGAAGUACUCGGACGUCAAGAACCUCAUCAAGCACAUCCGGGACAUGCAUGACCCUCAGGACAAGAAGGUCAAGGAGGCCUUGGAUGAGCUCCGCCUGAUGACGAGGGAGGGCAAGCGGCAGCUGCUCUAUGACUGCCACAUCUGUGAGCGCAAGUUCAAGAACGAGCUAGACCGGGACCGCCACAUGCUGGUCCAUGGCGACAAGUGGCCCUUUGCUUGUGAGCUCUGUGGCCAUGGGGCCACUAAGUACCAGGCCUUGGAGCUGCAUGUCAGAAAGCACCCCUUUGUGUAUGUCUGUGCUAUAUGUCUCAAGAAGUUUGUCAGCUCCAUCAGGCUGCGCUCCCAUAUCCGAGAGGUGCAUGGGACAGCCCAGGAGACCUUGGUCUUUACCAGCUCCAUCAACCAGAGCUUCUGCCUCCUGGAGCCUGGUGGGGACAUCCAGCAAGAAGCCCUGGGGGACCAGCUGCAGCUGGCAGCUGAGGAAUUUGUGUGCCCGGAAAUAGAUGUGCACAAGGAGGAGACUUGUCCUGGGGAAGCUCGGCCUGAGGCAGGGCCGAGGGAGCUGGAGGCCCCUGGAGAAGCAACUGCCCCGGCUGUGCCCUUGACCACCUCCAAGACUGAAAAUGCUUCCCUAUCCCCCAGCAAAUUAGGAACCACUGUGGUUUCCUCUGACCUCAACCCUCUUGGAGUGGUUUCCGAUGAUUUUUUAUUGAAAAAUGAUACCUCCUCUGCUGAGGCUCAUGCUGCCGAGACAACCUUGGAUGCACAGCAUGGAGGCUCAGCCCAGACUCAGGGUGAAGAAGUCACACUGCUGCUGGCCAAGGCCAAAAGUGCCGAAUCAGACCCAGAGACCCAGAGUGACCAGGGCCCUCCAGGGGGAGGGCAGAAUUCGGUCACUCUGCCAGCCAGUGAAUCUGACUCCAACAGGUGUCUCAGGUCAAACCCAGUGGAGGCCUCAGACCUCCUUCCUACAGUGGCUGAUGGAGGGGACCUUGGAAUGUGCCAGCCUGACUCUCGCAAACCCUCCUCUGAGCACCACCCUGGCAGCACAGCGUUCAUGAAGGUCCUAGACAGUCUCCAGAAGAAGCAGAUGAACAUCAGUCUAUGCGAGAGGAUCCGGAAGGUCUAUGGAGAACUGGAAUGUGAAUACUGUGGCAAACUUUUUUGGUACCAAGUGCAUUUUGACAUGCAUGUCCGCACCCACACCCGGGAACACCUGUAUUAUUGCUCUCAGUGUCACUAUUCCUCCAUCACCAAAAACUGCCUUAAACGCCAUGUCAUUCAGAAACACAGCAACAUCUUGCUGAAGUGCCCCACUGACGGCUGUGACUACUCGACUCCAGAUAAAUAUAAGCUACAGGCCCAUCUUAAAGUUCACACAGAGCUGGACAAAAGGAGUUAUUCUUGUCCUGUAUGUGAAAAAUCUUUUUCAGAAGACCGAUUGAUAAAGUCACAUAUCAAGACCAAUCAUCCCGAGGUCUCCAUGAACACCAUUUCUGAAGUUCUUGGGAGAAGGGUCCAGCUCAAAGGGCUAAUUGGAAAGCGAGCCAUGAAGUGUCCAUAUUGUGAUUUCUAUUUCAUGAAGAAUGGCUCAGACCUUCAGCGGCACAUCUGGGCUCAUGAGGGUGUGAAGCCCUUCAAAUGUUCUUUAUGUGAAUAUGCAACUCGUAGCAAGAGCAACCUCAAGGCUCAUAUGAAUCGCCACAGCACUGAGAAGACCCACCUCUGUGACAUGUGUGGCAAGAAAUUCAAAUCCAAAGGGACACUGAAAAGUCAUAAGCUCCUUCACACAUCUGACGGGAAACAGUUCAAGUGCACAGUGUGCGACUACACAGCAGCCCAGAAGCCACAGCUGCUGCGGCACAUGGAGCAGCAUGCCUCUUUUAAGCCUUUCCGCUGUGCCCAUUGUCAUUACUCGUGUAACAUCUCUGGAUCUCUGAAGCGACAUUACAACAGGAAGCACCCCAAUGAGGAGUAUGCCAACGUGGGCAGCGGGGAGCUUGCGGCUGAAGCACUCAUCCAGCAAGGUGGCCUGAAGUGUCCUGUUUGCAGCUUUGUGUAUGGCACCAAAUGGGAGUACAACAGGCACUUGAAGAACAAGCAUGGCUUGAAGGUAGUGGAGAUUGAUGGAGACCCCAAAUUGGAGCCGGCAACAGAGACUCCGGAGGAGCCCUCCACCCAGUACCUCUACAUCACCGAAGCUGAAGAAGAUGUUCAGGGGACACAGGCCGCGGUGGCUGCCCUUCAGGACCUGAGAUACACCUCCGACAAUGGUGAUCGACUUGACCCCACAGCUGUGAACAUCCUGCAGCAGAUCAUUGAGUUGGGUUCGGAGACCCACGAUGCCACUGCUGUGGCCUCGGUGGUUGCUAUGGCUCCUGGGACAGUAACUGUUGUGAAACAGGUCACCGAUGAGGAGCCCAGUUCCAACCACACUGUCAUGAUCCAGGAGACUCUGCAGCAGGCCUCCGUGGAGCUAGCCGAGCAGCACCAUCUGGUGGUGUCCUCUGAUGACGUGGAGGGCAUUGAGACAGUGACUGUGUACACACAAGGCGGGGAGGCCUCAGAGUUCAUCGUGUAUGUACAAGAGGCUGUUCAGCCCGUGGAGGAGCAGGUUGGGGAGCAGCCAGCCCCAGAACUCUAGAGGACCCUCGUCUCCUUCAGCAGCCUUGGCCUUGUGGGCACUGGGGACCACCUAACCUUGCCUACUGGCCCAGAUGGUGUUCUCUACACUGUCCUUGUGUGAGCAAGGCCAGUGCAUCACCAGCAAUACAGAACCCCCAUCCUCAGCACAAAUCACACCCCUGUCCCAGCAUCCUCUGUUUCCGGAAGACUUUUACAUCAACUGUCCUGCCCUGCCCCUUCCUUGCUUCUGGAUCCAGAGAAUCCCAUCCCCAUCAGCAUCUUCUUUGGUUACAGCCCCAGCCCUUUGCUCCCCAGCCUCACCCCAGGUGCUCCUCCUCCUCUGGGCCCUCUGUGCUAUCUGUGAAAGGGAGACAGACACCACACAGCAAGUGGCCUUACGUAUUUGAAGUUAACCACUGGGUAGGGUGGGUAGGACCAUCCAAGAGCUCUCCACUGAGCCCCACCCUCCUCAGUGCAGGAGCGCUGGGAACAAAUGACUGACCCCUCACUCCUCUAUCACAAGGGCCCAGCUUGGAAUUCUGUAUGCUUUUAAAAUAAAUGCAUUUUCUCUCUUCACCUCUCAUUCAGGGAGGUGGGAGAAAUAAAAGCA